AUGGCGACCGCCGGCGCAUCAACAGGAGCUGUCCCUCCUAAUAGCACUGUAUACGUUCGAAAUCUAGAGGAACAAAUCAAGGUUGAGCAACUCAAGGAAGCUCUGGAAGAGGUCUUUGGCGAAUUCGGCAAUGUCCUUGAGAUCGUCGCAAAGACCAACCUCCGCGCAAAGGGCCAGGCUUUCAUUGUCUACGACAGCGUAGAAGCAGCCACCCGCGCCAUUGACGAAGUGAAUGGCUUCGACCUUUUCGAUAAGCCAAUGGUCCUGGAUUAUGCAAAGACGAGAAGCGAUGCUACAGUUCUACGAGAGAAUGGCUCAGAGGAGCUGGAGUCUCACAAGAGGCGGCGUUUAGCUGAGAAGGAGCGCAAACAAGCCCACGACGCCCUCGAAGCUCAAAAGAAACUCAAGCGCCCUGCUGCCGCCGCAGAGGCUGCUCGCCCCGCGAAGACCACAAAGGGUGCUGGCCUCAAACCCACAUCCGGUACUACAGCAAAUGUUGUUCCAGACGAAUUUCUGCCAGCAAACAAGAUUCUGUUCUUACGGGAACUUCCCGACGAUGCCAACGAGGAGAGCCUGUCGGCUAUUUUUGGUCGCUUCGAGGGAUUCCAGGAAGUCAGAUUGGUACCUGGUCGCAAGGGUAUUGCUUUCGUCGAAUACGAGGAAAAUUCUGGAGCUAUCAGUGCAAAGGAGGCUACUGCAGGCAUGACCAUUGGGGAGCAGGGCAAGGCUAUCCGUGUCACUUACCAGAGACAGUAG